CUAAGGGGUUUAAUACUCUGCAAUGUGUAAAAAUGCUGUUUGAUCCUGACUUCUCUGAUCCUCUUCUUCUUCCAGUGUUCCCCCUCUUAUCUCCUGAUAAGACAUAUUGUGCGGAGACACUCUGCACAUGCUCAGUUUGGUAUGUAUUGCUAGAGAGGUUUUUUUUUUCUUGGGAGAGUGCAUGUGAUCAGCAUAGGGCCAAGCAGCACUGUCCAGACAGAGGUCAGGUCCUCCUAUAAGCUUCAACCAGUGCUCAGCUGAACACUGAUAGAAGUCAUAAGACUGCUCUAAUUGCUGAUGAUAAAAGGUAUUUAGCAGUUUAUAUUUACUAAAAUAAUUGCAUUUCUGUGU